GCGCACACCACAUGACAUCAAAAUCUAUGAUACCCCAGUUACUGAAAAUAUCCUUUCACUUUCACUUUUAUUCUACUGUGUUAUGCCCUUUUGGGAUGAUUCCCCCCCCCCACUCCCUCCUCCUGGGGCUAGCACCCCUGUAUACCCAAAUCUGAAGUUAGCACUGGGCUUGAGUCUAUUCUCAUGUAUCCUUUUUUUUUUUUUUUUUUUUUUUUUCAAUCGGGGCGAUAUGGAUAUAUAUGGUUUUAACAACCAUCUCACUGCUAGGUAUCAGUCAUAGGUAGUCAGUCAGUCAGUCAGUCAUGUAUCUAUCGAACUAUUCUACUCAACUGGAAAUACAAAAAACAAUUACAAAAAGC